AUGGCUCCGAAGAAGAAGUCAGCAUGGAUCAGCGACAAGGAACUCAAGAAAAUGACCGAAGGCGUCGCCCUGCCUCCUCCCCCAGAUGGACCACGAUUCGAUUACGGCGACAAACUCGAUCCACACCUUUUCUAUUCUUGGGAAGGCGAACACGCUGCACCACCUAUUUGGGACGAUCGUCCUGUCUACAAGAACCUCGAUCUCCAAGGGACCAUACGACAAUGGGCGAGCAAAAUCACCGUAGAAUCUAGGCCAUUUGGUGCAACUUCAACCACGAAAGUGAACACCAAUUUCUCCUUCAACGUCGGCAAGUCGCAUGCUGCUAGCGGCCAUCUCUACUUCCUGCCGCCGAAGUACGAUCAAACUCUCAUGGCCGAACUGGUCCCUCGCUCUUGGAUCCCUCAGAUCUUCGAGCCCGGUCAAAAUCUACAAUCUUUCUGGCAACAACAGCUCAGCGGGGAGCCCAAGCCUCAAGACGACUCUGAUUUUGGUAGCUGCAGACCGUUCUGGGAUCUCUAUUUGACCACCAAUUCAGCAGUCCAGAUGCCCCCAACCCAACCAGACCACAAGGGUUGCGACACCAUUAAGGAUACACCACAAGACACAGAGGCGCGAAAGAAUGAUCGUGGCAGCCAGGGUUGGGCCAACCAGUACCUACAAAGUCCUCACGCUUUCAUGAUGACCCGCUUCGGAAGAAAGGCUGGUCCGAAAGAUGGAAAGCAAUACUCUGACGACACGCCCAAGGAACCGUCUUUCGUCCAGCCCGAACCAAUGAUUGACAACGCCAUCAAGCCUGUACUCAACAUGUUCCUCCGUAUGGCCACGCUCGGCGACAUUCCUCAAAUCACCGACAUCUACAACUACUAUGUCCAAAAUAGCGUAUGCACUCCGGAGUUGGAGCCCAUCAGCAUCAUCGACAUGAAGGGUCGAUGGCAAAGCGCACGAGACGGUCACUUGCCGUUCCUUGUCGCCUGCUCACCUAGAGGCUAUGGUGGUAAGAGACGCCAUGCAGACCGACCUGCUGUUGAUACAGUUCUCGGAUUUGCUUACGCUGAUGAAUUUGGCGGCGCAAGAACAGCUUUGCGUUUCGCUGUUGAAGUGAGCGUUUUCGUGAGUGCCAACCGCAAGUGCAAGCGCAAGGGAGUUAGCAAGUGUCUCAUGGACAAGCUCCUUGGACUGUUGGACCAAUACUACAUUGAGCGUGGUGGCUAUGACAUAGAUGAAAAGCUUGGGAUUGGUACACAACGUCUCGUGUCACGCAUCUUCGUCAACCUCAUGCAUUCGGAGAACGAGAAGAGCAGGGAGUGGGUGAUGCCAUACCUUGAGUCAUGGGGGUUCAAGCAGCAGUCAACAGCCAAGAAGGUAGGCUACAAGCUGAGUUCGGUCUUCGAUAUCACGACCUUUCACAAAGAGACGGGAAUGGUUAUUGUGCCUAACAACCCACCAAUUCUUCCCCCGCCAGAGGGUUGA